AUGCAUUUAAAUAAUUAUCAUGUCUUCUAUCAGGAAGGUACAAAUGCCUUUGGUGGAGUCUUAAUUGCUACACAUCGUUCUAUUCCUGCACAACGUGUGCUUAAAUUUCAAAAUAAUUCUAAUCUUAUUGUUCUUGAUAUAGGAAGCUCUUCAAAUAAAUUUCAAUUAGUAACUUGCUACUCGCCACCUAAUGAACCAUUACCAGUUAGUCUUCUUAGUGAUAUAAUGUGUCGUAAUCCCAAUACCAUUCUACUUGGUGAUUUAAAUGCUAAACAUAAUUCCUGGUCUAAAACACCAUUAAACCAGAAGGGAAGGAUUCUAUUCGAAUGGUUAAAUGAUAAUGAUUUACAAGUUGUGAAUAAAUUCGUUCCUACUUCAACACGUUCAAAUGCAGCGAUUGACCUUAUUCUAGCACCUAUGAGCAUGCUCUCUGGUUCUUGUACUGUACUUCCUUCUAUUGGAAGCGACCACUAUCCUGUUAUUUGGUCAUCGACACUCACAGUUACAUCAAAAGAACGCUUCUUCCCAAUUAAACGAACAUACUGGUUAUUAUAUGAAUUAUUUAUUACAUACACAUCUUCCUUUUGGAAUGAUUUAUGUGAAAUUAUGACAGACAAAGUUGAGUUUUUCUGUCUCUAUGAACGUUUCUUAUCAUUGGCUUCUUCAAGACUAACUUAUGUGUCAUAUUGUAAUACAUAUAAGCCCUCAAUUCCGCCCCAAAUAGUUCAUCUGAUUCAAAUUAAACGUCAUUAUUUGUAUUUGGUCAGGAAAACAAAACUUCCAUAUUAUAUACUUCAGUUAAAACUUUAUUCACAACACAUACGUAAAGCGCUUUAUUUCCACAAAAGAAGAACUUGGAGCAAAUACUGUGGAACUCUAAAUAGUUGUGAUGUUAAACAAUUCUGGAGAAAAACUAAGCGACAUUUCUCAUCUUAUUCGCCUCCUAUUGAUGGAAUCCUGCAGAAUGGUGUAAUAAUAACUUCUCCAGAGAAAAUGUGUUACAUCGCUAAAAACUUUUACCUGGAUCAAUUCUCUGAACAUAACAAUGAUCAGUCCAUCAUUGAAUUGGAGGCAGAUGCUAUAGACCAAGAAUUAUAUAUUGAAAUUCAAAAUUCAAAAUUAGACCACUUUCAAAUUGAAUUUAUUGAUGUUAAAAAAUCUAUUUUAUCGUUAAAGAAUAAGAAUUCCACAGGUUUAGAUGGAAUUUCAAACAGAAUAAUUAAGCUUUUACCCUCAUCUCAUAUUGUAUUUAUCACUUCAUGUUUGAAUUACAUGGCUGAACACGUUCGUGUUCCUCAACAUUGGCUUACAGCUAGAAUGAUUCUGUUGUCAAAAACUAAAUCGUCAAUUGCUGAAAUAAAUGACACCCGCCCAAUUUCACUACUUCCAUGUUUUUCAAAAUUAAAUGAGAAAAUCUUCUUAAUGCACUUCCGUAAAUGGAUAUCAGAGAAUGGUCUUCUUCCUGAAGAACAGACUGGGUUUAGAUCUGGACACAAUAUGUCUACCAGAAUUGUAGCUAUGGUUGAUCAAAUAGGCCAAGGCCUUGCAGUUAAUACCGCUACAGCUGCAUUAUUCAUUGAUUUUAAGACGGCCUUUAACCAGCUAUGGUUUAAAGGCCUUUGGCUAAAGUUAAAACGUCUUAAUUGCCCUUUAUAUAUCAUUACCUGGUUACGUAAUUAUCUUCUGGGACGUUCAGCAUUUAUCGAAAUUAAAGGACAUAAAUCAACAUCUUUCCCAUUGUUUAAAGGUGUGCCACAAGGGUCAUGUUUAGGUCCUGUUCUAUUCAUCGUUUUCCAUUAUGAUAUAUUAAAUACCGUGUCUAGUUUACAUUUUAAACAUCUAUUCGCAGAUGAUUUAGCAGUUGUGGUAUCACCUUCAGUCACGUGGUCAUCAAAUAUGAUUAUUCCUUAUCUUUCAGAACAGAUCACAAGUGUAAUAAAGGAUUUAUAUCAAUACUCAAUUAUCUGGAAACAGCCUCUAAAUUUCAAAAAAACAUAUUGGACUCUUUUUCACCGGAUGGUAUCACCAAAUAUUCCUGUUAUUCACUGUGAUAAAAAUGUUGUUGAGCAUGUUUCUAAAUUUAAAUAUUUGGGUAUUUUUCUUGAUGCUAGACUUUCCUUUAAUUGUCAUCUUGACUACAUUAAAUCCAAAAUUAACAAAAACAUUACUGUAUUUAAACGUCUAGCAGCUACACGAAUGUUAUCCAAACAGACUUCGUAUAAGCUAUAUUAUGCUUAUAUUCGUCCUUAUUUUCAUUCUAUCUUUAAUAUUUAUCCAAUCUUAUCCUGCACCAAGCAACGACAACUUGAAGCAUUAAACCGGAAAAUAUUUCGUAUUAUUAACAGAUGGUAUGAUGCCACAAAUGACGAAAUAGUUAAUCUUCCUACCUAUAAAUCAAUUGAAUUACUUACUCGACUACAUUACACAAAAUUACUAACUACAAUAAUGCAUAGUAAUCCUGCGGUGAUUGCUGACUAUAUUCAACAGAAGAUGUAUUUGUUAUUCUUAAGAGAGUACUACAUGAAUCCUGCUCUUUUGAAAGAAAAGCAAAAGAUUGUAGAUAAAGGAAGAACCUCAAAUCGUAUGCUGUCAUUAUUGACGUCCUGUAAUCCUUCUCUAUUCGAUCAUGUUUUCUGCUAUAAUGAAGAAUUGGCAUAG